AUGCCAUUGAAAAUCCACCAUCUUGGCCGCUCGCAAUCCGAGCGCAUCGUUUGGCUUGCCGAAGAACUUGGCAUCAAGUAUGACUUUGUCUUCCACAAGCGCGAUCCUCUCCUCGCUCCGCAAUCAAUCAAAGACCUGCAUCCAUCCGGCACCGCACCGGUGAUCGAAGACGACAACUCCCCCUUUACGAAAAACAAGGUGGUGCUCGCUGAAUCAGGCGCUAUCAUUGACUACAUUAUUGCUGCCUAUGGGGAGGGCCGUCUCGCACGCACACCGAAAGACGGCGAAGAAUAUAUCCAGUUCCUGGAAUGGUACCACUGGGCGAAUGCCUCCCUGCAGCCAACCUUGGUCCGUAUUCUGCUUUCUCGGCGCCUGGCCAAUGACCCAGAAGCAGCGGCGGUCAAGAUGGCAAUUGCGAAGCUAGAGAAUGCGGUCUCAAUGAUUGAGGCGAGACUCGGUGAAACCGGAUCCUACCUAGUUGGGAAUGACGUCACCGCAGCAGAUAUCAUGGCGAUUUGUACUCUCACCACCAUGAGAGGAUACUAUCCCUUUGAGUUUGAUGAACAGAAGCAUAAAAAUGUCCUGGCUUAUCUCAAGCGUGUUGGUGACCGGCCUGCUUAUCAAAGGGCUAUGAAGAUCUGUGAGGGUGAAGAUUUCGUGCCUAUUCUUGGUGCAAAGGCUGAGCAGUUUGUAUUCCCGUAUUAA